UCCUUCGAAUCGAACGGCGCCGACUUUCAGGCGGAGAUCGAUGUCGAUCUGUUAAUCGCCGGAGGGACGGCUGUUUGUUUAUCUUUUCGAGUUUCGACCGCCGGUUUGGAGUUUGGACGGACGACCGAGUCCGGGUUCUGCAAUCCGCUCGUCUGGAUCUCUCGGCUGGUUGCCCGUUUGGCGGGAGAAUACGUUGGAUAACCUUAAGUUCCAUUUUCUGUUUACUGUACCGUUCGACGCCUCCGUCCGUUUAUCCAUCCUGUUUCCUGGAAUACAAAACCAUGGAUUUAAACUCCAGCGAAUUUGGGCUGCUCCUCAAACCCAUUAAUGACCUAACAACUACAAACUGGGGUGUCCUACUCGCACCCUUUCUUGAUAAAUACAUAAACUACUUGCACAACAAUGGCGUUAUAUUGAACUUUCCACAAGCGGCUCUCCUCCUGCAAAAUUCUACACACUUCUAUUGCAAGCGUGUUGACAUGCUCUUCAAACAAAUCGAACAACUUGUUCUGAUGAUAAGAAAUAACAAAGCCAAUGCUCAAGAAGAAAACGAUGAGGAGCAUGCUCAGCUAAAUAGAAAAGAGAGAAAAAAAGUAAAAUCCUUGGAGUCAGAAGAUCUUGAGGUUCUUGACUUUGUUUGUACAAAUUACAACAUAAACAUGAACUGGAACAAGGUGAAACUUCACACGGAAGAUGACUUGAAAUGUUCAUUUCUCAAUAACACAAUUAAAGUCCCUACUAAGUCUAACACGUCAACUAUGAUUUAUCAGAUUAACGGUACCGAGCUUGGGCUUAAGAAUGAAUUCAGAUUGCAGUGGUAUUUAUUUUCUGAUGGGACUUUGAAUGAAGACUUUGCCUUUGAAAGUCAAACCAAAGUUACAUUCAGUUCUGCUGAUGAUGGAUUCAAUGCUUCCCAUGACGAUAAUGAUUUUGAUAAUGAGGUGAGGGACGCUUCAGAAAUGGACAUUCAUCCAGAGCCAGAAUUACCUGAAAUCCCGCCUUCGUGCGAGCCGACGUUAAACCUUCCUCAACAGCCAGAACGCAUAAUUUCGCCAGUGCCUUUACCUGAAGCAAUACAUACAAUGACUUUGAGAGAGAGGAGAUCGCCGAUCAAGGAUGCCUGGGCUACAAUUGUCAGCCCAUCUUUAUGCCCCAUUUAUAAGAUAAAGUUGAGGAAGGUCUUCAAAUUGCCUAAAGAUUUAAUAGUAGAAGGUCAAGAGAUCAGGAGGAAAAAAAUCAAUGAUUUUUCAGUACCCUGCAUAUCCUACCACUGUCUUCUAGUCAAUGGCAAUGUCGACAAUUUGGUUACUAAUUUAUAUAAUAUAAAUGAAGAAAAAAAGAAAAGAAAACUGCUUAAACUAAAGAACCGACUCAAUAAUGCUAAGGAAGCUGAAAAAUUAGAGUCAGAUGCUAUGGGCCCCUUAAAUGAAAGUGGAGAUAUGCAAGACUGUGAGGUUAAUGGGUUCGAAGUAGAUGAUGAUCAUUAUGUCGAUGACAAUGAAGGGCCCAAUAGAGAUGUGCUGUCACUGGCGGAAAGGCAUGAUAUGCUCGAACAGGCAAUAGAAGACGGGUACAGAUCUGCAAAUAACGCUAUCCUAUCCAAAUUCACCAAAGCCAAAAAGGAAUAUGCGUUGAGGGCGACAGAAGUCGCAAAGAGAGUGGCCGAGUGGCAUGAAUCAAUAAUGCCUGCCUUAGAAGCUUCAGAGAGGAGGAGCCAUUUCGAUAUGAACGAGUACGGUACAAAGAUUUUGGAAAGGUUUCCAGAUGAGGAUGUGACAUCAUUUAGGCCAUUCGGUGAAAUAGUUGCCGGGCAGCCCAAGGAAGAAAUCUGCCGAUACUUCCUUUCAACUCUAUUGCUGGCGAACACGUACAGCUUAGAAAUCAGGAAUUCAGACCCUUCUGAACUGGCAUCUGACUGUUUAGAAAUGAGGCUAAUAACCAAGACCCGACACCACGAAGAGCUUGAUGCUAAUUUGCAGGCGACUUCGUCGAACGGGCUACCAUCAAAAAGAAUUUCACACUCAGAAGCGAGGCCAAAGAAAAUCAAAAGGAAGUGAUUUCUGUUUUGAACUUUUAAUUGUAGAUGUGUAUAAUUGUACAUAAAUUCUCUAUUACAUCACUAACGGCAAAAAUGUGCAAUAGAGAUGUUUUUUAUUUUAUUUAUUUUUUUCUAAUUUUAAGUAUGGAAUAAAAUUGAAUAAUUUGUGAAUAAGUAUUGUAAAUAUGGUGUCAAUUGUAAAUUUUUAUAAAAAGUGUACAGUUCAAAUCAAAACAUGAUUUGUAAUUUUGAAUAAUAUAGCAUUCUCAUUCUUUCUUUUAAAU